CCUGCAGGGAAGCGCGAGCGCAAUGCUGAAAUUCUUACUUUCUUGCUCCAGUAAGGGUUUUUCCCCUCUCUUUUGAAGAUACAUUUUUACUUUUUGCAGGCGUUCUACUAACCAAAUAUACGCAAUGAAGGACAGACUUGGUCUCUUCAACAGAGCUGGGGUUGAGAUUCCUCUUUAAAAAAUAAAUAUUUUCUUACCUAUUUAUAUUAAGGUGAAGGCCUUCCGCAGCAUGGAGUUCUAUUUUUUCAAUGUUUCAGACUUUGUAUCAUUUCCCUUUUCAACUGGAGGGCAAGCGUUUUCAUUUCAGAGCUUAACUUUGCCUGGCAGCGCGCGGGACCAGGUGAGAGAUGUGACACUUCGAAGCGAACAAUAAAAUCAUCCGGAUGCCAAAUGCGACGUUUUUACACCCAGGGAGGUGCCCGUGCGGGUCGGAGCAGCCGUGAGGCUUCCCGAGGUGGGGAGGGGAUGCUCGGGAAUGGUUUUGUGCUGUCCCCUCCUUCCCGGUGUCGAGGAAACGGCGCGGGGCACUCGCACAACAGACGGGUGUUGCUUAGCAGUGGCUUUGCAGGGCGUGAGGGACUGCGGGCAAAGCAGGCUACCGGGUAAAGGAGACCCCAGGCUCGGGGAGCUGCACGGGGGGCGCGUCGGGGGAUGGCAGAGCAAACGGCCGUCCCCGGGGCCAUGUCCUCUCUGCUGUCCCUCCAGGAGGAGAACCGCAUCCUGCAGCAGGAGCUGUCGCGCCUCGAGGACCUGCUGGCUCAGAGCCGCGCCGAGCGCGAUGAGCUGGCCAUCAAGUACAACGCCAUCAGCGAGCGGCUGGAGCAGUCCCUGCGGCUGGAAGCGGGCGAGCGGGACGCGGCGGAGAGCCGGAGCCUGGCGCAGCACAACAUCGAGCUGCGGCGGCUGCUGGACGAGGAGCAGGCCGCCUACAAGCGCAAGCUGCAGGCGUACCAGGAGGGCCAGCAGCGGCAGGCCCAGCUGGUGCAGAAGCUGCAGGCCAAGGUGCUGCAGUACAAGAAGAAAUGCGGCGAGGUGGAGCAGCAGCUGCUGGAGAAGGCGACGGAGCUGGAGCAGGAGAGGCUGACGGGGCUGAUGUCCCCGCAGAGCCAGCUGGACAUCAGCGGCUCGCAGCUGGAGGAGGAGAGCAGCAACGAGCUGGAGAACGCGCUGAUCCGGCUGGAGGAGGAGCAGCAGAGGAGCAGCAGCCUGGUGCAGGUGAACUCGAUGCUGCGGGAGCAGCUGGAGCAAGCCAACGUGGCCAACGCGGCGCUGAGCGAGGACAUCCGCAAACUGACGGCCGACUGGACGCGGGCGCGGGACGAGCUGGAGCAGCGCGAGGCCGAGUGGAGGCGAGAGGAGGAGUCCUUCAACGCCUACUUCAGCAACGAGCACGGCCGCCUGCUGACCCUCUGGCGGCAGGCCGUGGCUUUCCGCCGCCACUUCGGCCAGCUGCGAGCCGCCACCGAGAGGGACCUGGCGGAGCUGAGCCAGGAGGUGUCCCGUGCCGGCCGUGCCGCCCACGCCGCCUGCGUGCAGCUGGGUGCCCACCUGCGGCUGGCCGAGGGCCGGGCGGGCGCCGCGCGGGAGCAGCAGGCGCAGCAGCUGGCGCAGCUGGAGGAGCAGCUGGCGGCACGGGCACGCGACGCCGAGCUGGAGAAAACCGCGCUCGGGGACAGGCUGGCGGAGCUGACGGCGGCCCUGGAGCGGCUGCGGGAGGAAGGUGGGGAGAAGGAGCGGGCGGUGGCGGCGCUGACGCUGCAGCUGCAGAGGAUGGAGGCCUCACGUGCUCGGGAGCCAUCAGCUGAAGAGGUGCAGGCGCUGCGCACAGAGGUGGAGCUGCUCGGCCAGACGCUGCAGGACGUCACCCAGGCGGUGCUGGCCGAUGACCCCGGGUCCCUGACGGAGCCUCCCAGGCUCCCCUGCCGCAGCCUCUCGCCCGCCGCGGCUGCGGCCACACUGGGGGCUGUGCACGGAGCCCUGCGGCGCCGGCACUUCCAGCUGCAGGUGAGCGAGGAGGAGGAGGAGGAGGAGGAAGAUGGACUGACGGCGGUGGCCAAGCAGCGCGACGGCGCCCUGCGGGAGGCGGAGGAGGUGCGGGCGCAGCUGCAGCUGGUGGCGGAGGCGCGGGCGGCGGGGCAGCAGGCGCUGCUGGAGGCCCAGCGGGCGGCCCAGGAGAGCCGCGAGGGCCGCGAGGCGCAGCGGAGGCAGGCGCAGGAGGCGCGCAGGGCGCUGGGCGACGAGGCCAGGGAGAAGGAGGCCCUGCGGCGCUCCAACGAGGAGCUGCGGGCGGCCCUGCGGCGCACCGAGGGCGAGCGCAUCAGCCUGAAGCGGGCCAGCGAGGAGAAGGAGCAGCGGCUGGCGCUGCUGGCGGGCGGGCAGGCGGCGGCGGCCAGGGAGACGGAGAGGCUGCGGGGGGCCCUGCGGCAGCUGGAGCACGACCGCCUCGAGGCGCGCCGCGAGCUGCAGGAGCUGCGCCGGCAGGUGAAGGCACUGGACAGCGAGAACAGCAAGAAGAGCAGGGAGCUGGAGGAGCUGCAGGCGCGCGUGGCCCUGGAGGAGCAGCGGGAGGAGGAGAGCCGCCGGGAAGCCUUCGGCCUCAGGAGGAAGGUGGUGGAGAGCGAGGCUGGCAUGGAGGCCACCAGGAAGGAGCUCCAGCACCUGCAGCAGAGGCUGUCGGAGGCGGAGGGCGAGUUCCACCAGCGGGAGAAGGAUCUGGCCCGCAGCCUGGAGGAGGCCCGCGGCCACGAGAAGAAGCUGCUGGCCGAUGCCCGCAACCUGCAGCUGAAGAUGGAGGCGGCGCGGAGCGAAGCGGCCGAGCUGAGCCUGCGCCUGAGCGCGGCCGAGGGCCGGGCGCAGGGGCUGGAGGCUGAGCUGGCCCGCGGCGAGGAGCAGCGCCGGGCUGCCGAGACGCGCCUGGGCAGCCUCCAGUCCGCCCUGCGCCGCACCAUGGGCAUCGGCCGGGCCCGUGCUGCUUCCCUGGGCAAGGGCGGAGCCACGGAGGGGACGGGGACCCCUGGCUCGUCCCCGGACCCCGAUGCGGCCACCGAGCCCGAGGUGGUGCGGGCGGCCCUGCGGGAUUUCCUGCGUGAGCUGCAGGACGCCCAGCGGGAGCGGGAGGAGCUGCGGGUGCAGGUCUGCAGCCUGGGACAGCGGCUGGCGGAGGCGGAGGCGGAGCGGGACGGUGCCGGUGCCCGGGCGCUGCAGCUGCAGAAGCUGGUGGCUGAGAGUGAGGAAGGGCGGCGGGGCGCCGACGGCAAGCUGGGCAGCGCGCAGGCUGCUCUGCUGCUGCAGGAGGAGACGCUGCGGCGGGGCGAGCGCGAGCGCCGGGCCCUGCUCGAGAAGGUGUCGGCGCUGGAGCGCAGCUUGCACGCCGCCGAGGGCGAGCGCCGCUCCGCCCAGGAGAAGAUGAGCAUGGUGAAAGCCAGCGAGGCCAAGCUGGAGGAGGACAAGCGGCGGCUCAAGGAGGGGCUGGAGGCUGCGGAGAGCCGCGGAGCCCGGCUGGAGCAGCAGCGGCGGGCGCUGGAGGACGAGCUGCAGCGGGCACGGCUGGCCCUGGGCGAGCAGCAGGCGGAGGCGCGGGUGCUGCAGGACCGUGCUGAGCUGCUCCAGAGGCAGCUCGGGGAGAGCGAGCAGCGCGCCAGCACCUUGCAGCUCUCGGUGGAGCGUCUGAGCGCGGUGCUGGCGGCCGAGGCCGAGAGCGGCUCGAAGGACCGUGCCCAGGGCUCGCCGGUGACCGACGGCAGCUCGGCCCCGCAGCGCCUGCUGCAGCUCCAAAGCGCCCUGACCGCUGGCGAGCUCGACCGGCGGGUGCUGCAGGAGAUGCUGGAUGCGGCCCGGCGGGCGCUUUCGGAGGCACGAGAGGAGAAGAGCGCCCUGCGGGAGCAGCUGCGGGUGCUGCGGGGAGAGCGGGCGGCGCUGGAGCUGCGCAAGGAGGAGCUGGAGGCGCAGGUCCGGCGGCUGCAGGAGAUGCUGCUGCAGCAGGAGGAGAAGGAGGCGGCGGCGCUGCGGGGGCUGCGGGCGGAGAAGCGGGGGCUGCAGGAGCGCGUGGGCAGCCUGCAGAGCUCCCUGAGCCAGCUGGAGGCCGAGCGGCGCGAGGCUGAGCGCUCCUCCCUGCGCCUCGAGAAGGACAACAGCGCCCUGAAGAAGACCCUGGAGAAGCUGGCGCGGGAGAAGCUGAAGACGCAGGAGGACUCGCUGCGGCUGGCGGUGCAGAAGGGCCGCCUGCACCGCUCGCUGGGCACGGCCGAGCAGGAGCUGGCGGAGGCGCAGAAGCACAUCCAGGUGCUGCAGGCGCGGGUGUCGGUGCUGGAGCAGAGCCCCGGGGCGGCGCAGCAGCAGCGGGCGCUGGAUGCCCGUGACCGUGGCCACCACCCCCUGGAGCAGCAGGUUGUCCUGCAGCAGGAGCAGGAGGCGCAGGAGCCCCGCCGCCACCCCAGCAGCAUUUAGGGCAGCAGAGACCGGCGCGACUCAGCUGUCGGGUGAGGGGCCCGCCGCGCUCGGAAAGCACCGGUGGAUUUUUUUCUCGACAUUCCCAAAUCCCGCUCUUUUACAAGAAGAAGCGGCGGCGUGUUACCGCUGGGACGACACCAGCGUGUUUUUGCUACAGGUCGGGUUUUUCCCCCGUUUUUUUGUACUGCAGUUUUUUUAACCGGGGAUUGGGAACAGGACUUCUGGUAGCCCUGGGUGCCUCGUGCACACCACGGGAGCAGCAGGAGCGCCGUGGUACCGAGCUGUCCGCUGCCAGCGCUGCCCCGUGGCGGGGUGCCCACCGGCUGCUGACUUUGCCUAACACUCCUCUUUUUUUUUAACAAAAACUAGUUUGUGCCAGGUUUUUUUGCACAAGUCAUGCAGGACGGGGACUGUUAUUUUUUUCUACCACUAGUUUUGGAGAUUGAUUUUGUUUGUUUGUUUGUUUUUGUUACUGGUGCUACUGGGGUCCGAAUUUGGAGCUUGAGCCAGCAGCAGGCCCCAACCCUUGUCCACCCCCCUCUAACCCUCUAUUAAACGUGCACAAACCCAAA